CUCGGACGUGCCUGACGAGAAGGGCUGCGCGCGGACGUGUGUGACGCAGUUUCUUCCCCGUCGCGUGAAGCGACGACGGCUGAGGCGGGUGUUGGGGAAGCGCCGCUGCUGCCGCCGCUCCGGUUGGGCAGGCGCCGGUCACCGGCCGGCCUGAGGACCCGCCGCGCCCUGGGCCCAGCUGAGGAGUUAUAUGCGUGGCAGAGUCCCAGAUUGUAUUCUUUGAUCAAAUGCCUGAUGAUGUUCUGCAUGCUGCAACAUUUUAAAAGUUUUGAGAACCUGACGCACCUUCAAAAUGUUUAACAAAUCAUUUGGGACGCCUUUUGGAAGCAGCACAGGGGGCUUUGGGACAACGUCAACUUUUGGACAGAACACUGGCUUCGGCACGACCAGCGGAGGUGCAUUUGGGACAUCUGCUUUCGGGACAAACAAUAACACCGGAGGACUCUUUGGGAGCACACAGGCCAAGCCAGGAGGGCUGUUUGGUUCAAGCACGUUCAGCCAGCCGGCCACAUCCUCCACAAGUACCGGCUUUGGGUUCGGAACAUCGACAGGGACUUCCAGUGGCUUAUUUGGGACUGCGAGCACUGGAGGAGGCCUCUUCUCAUCCCAGAACAAUGCCUUUGCACAAAGUAAACCAGUGGGGUUUGGCAACUUUGGGACGAGUACCAGCAGUAGCGGUUUAUUUGGAACCACAAACACGACGUCCAACCCGUUUGGGGGCACAUCUGGAUCCCUCUUCGGAUCGACCAGCUUCACCACUGUUCCGACUGGCACGACCAUUAAAUUCAAUCCGCCGACCGGCACUGACACGAUGGUCAAAUCCGGAGUCAGUACAAACAUCAGCACAAAGCAUCAGUGUAUUACGGCAAUGAAGGAAUACGAAAGUAAAUCUCUCGAGGAGCUUCGCUUGGAAGAUUAUCAAGCAAACCGCAAAGGGCCCACCAACCCCGUAGGAGCUGGAGCGACUCCAGGGCUCUUCGGAUCGUCCACAGCUACGUCCAGUGCUGCCACGGGGCUGUUCGGCUCCUCCACGACGAACACUGGCUUUUCCUACGGGCAGAAUAAAACGGGCUUUGGAACCAGUACGACAGGUUUUGGAGCAGGAGCAGGAAGCCUCUUUGGGCAGACGCAGCAAACGACCAGCCUCUUCAACAAGCCCUUCGGUCAGCCGACAACAGCGCCGAACACCGGUUUUUCGUUCGGGAACACUGGCACCCUCGGGCAGCCCAAUACGAACACCAUGGGCUUGUUCGGAGCAACGCAGCCAACUCAGACUGGAGGCCUCUUUGGAACCACUGCAAAUACGAACACAGCGACCGCCUUUGGAACAGGGACGAGUCUGUUCGGACAAGCCGGCACAGGAUUUGGUGUGGGCGGCUCGUCCCUGUUUAGCAACAAGCCAGCUGGAUUUGGAACCACAACCACCAGCGCGCCCUCCUUCGGAACAACGACCGGCAGCCUCUUUGGGUUUGGGGCAAACACCACUGGAAACAGCCUCUUUGGAAACAAGCCUGCGGCCGGACCUCUGGGAACUGGACUUGGAACAGGAUUUGGGACAGCCCUUAGCGCAGGGCAGACUUCGUUGUUCGGGAGUGCCCAGCCCAAACUAGGAGGCACUCUGGGGACAGGAGCGUUUGGGGCCCCCGGAUUUAACACAGCAACAGCCAGCCUGGGCUUUGGAGCUCCCCAACCUGCUGUGGCCCUGACGGAUCCAAACGCAUCGGCAGCCCAGCAAGCAAUUCUGCAGCAGCACCUCAACAGCCUGACCUACUCGCCUUUUGGGGACUCUCCUCUGUUCAGAAACCCCAUGUCUGAUCCAAAGAAGAAGGAAGAGAGACUGAAGCCGACCAAUCCUGCGGCCCAGAAGGCCUUGACCACGCCCACUCACUACAAGCUGACUCCCCGUCCUGCUACAAGAGUGCGGCCGAAAGCUUUGCAGACGACGGGAUCCUCUAAAUCCCACCUCUUUGAUGGCCUGGAUGACGACGAGCCGGCCUUGUCCAACGGGGCUUUCAUGCCCAAGAAGAGCAUCAAGAAGCUAGUCCUGAAGAAUCUCAACAGCAACAGUCUGUUUUCUCCUGUCAGCGGUGAAGCGGAAGACCUGGCCUCCCCCUCUGAGUAUCCAGAAAAUGGGGAACGGUUCCACUUCCUCUCCAGGUCAGUCGAUGAGAACCACCGGCCCGACGGAGAGCAGCUGGAGGAGGAGGAGGAGGAUUGCCACAAGGUGACCCGCUUCUACACCAACCCCAUCGCGAAGCCCAUCCCGCAGACUCCGGAGAGCGCCCUCCACAAGCACCAGAACCACCUGGACGACACCAUCAUGGCCCUGAACAUGCGAGCCGCCCUGCGGAACGGGCUGGAAGGCAGCAGCGAGGAUGCCUCCUUCCAUGAGGAGUCCCUGCAGGAUGACCGGGAAGAGGAGAAUGAGAAUUCGCACCUGGCACACCCAGCAGGGAUUCGUUUAACCCGAAUGGGCUACUACACGAUUCCAUCCAUGGAGGAGCUGGCCAGAAUGACUAACGAUAAGGGAGAGUGCGUGGUGACCGACUUCACCAUCGGCCGGAAAGGCUACGGCUCCAUCUACUUCGAAGGGGAGGUCAAUCUGACCAAUCUAGACCUUGACGAGAUUGUGCACGUCCGCCGGAAAGAAGUGAUCGUGUACCCAGAUGAUGAGCUGAAGCCGCCCGUUGGAGAAGGUCUAAACAGGCGAGCCGAAGUCACUUUGGACGGUGUUUGGCCGACCGACAAAACCUCUCGUGCCUUGAUCAAGAGCCCGGAGCGCCUGGCAGAGAUGAACUACGAAGGCCGGCUGGAGGCCGUCUCUCGGAAGCAGGGUGCCCAGUUCAAGGAGUACCGCCCGGAGACUGGCUCUUGGGUGUUCAAGGUGUCUCACUUCUCCAAAUACGGCUUGCAAGAUUCCGACGAGGAGGAGGAGGAGCAUCCAUCCAAGACGGAGGCGAAGAAGUUAAAAACCGCCCAGGCCCCUCCCCUGGGCCGGGCCCAGCAAGUGGCUCUGAGUGGGAAGCCGGGGCCCUCCUCCCAGAGCCCUGACAUCGAGCCGCUGGGGAAGGCCGUGGAGCUCGACAGCGACAUGGCAGAUGUCACUCAGGAGGCUGCUCUGGAAUCCGCUGCGGAGGAGAGCCUGGGCGAGGAGCAGGACCUGGUGCCGGCUUCCACCCACAUUGCGUCCUCUCUGGAAAUCAACCCUCACACCUUGCAGAUCAUGAAGGCUUCCCUUCUUGUGGAUGAGGAGGAUUUAGACCUGAUCCUUGAUCAUGGUUUUGGUAGGCAGCUCACCCCUGUGGACACCCCCCCGGCGAUCUGUUCUCCCAGAGUUCCAAUCUCCUCUUCUUCCCGAGGACCGAGGAGCCGUCCCUCAGUUGGCGGGCUGCUGCAGUCGAGACUGUUGAGUGGAUCCUUCCUCCUUCCCACUGCUUCCCCUCAAGACGGUCGCAGUCUGAGGACGUCCUCCCUCGGUGGUGCCCCGCCCGUGCCACCCUGGCCCAUGCUGUCUCCGCUCGCUUCUGCUUUCACAGUAUCCCGCCCUGCACCCGACGUAUCAUUGAAAGUGGUGGGUACCCGCAGGCAGCCUGGCCUGGUACCCCUGGAAAAAUCUGUGGCCUACGGGAAAGGAAAGCUCCUGAUGGACAUGGCGCUUUUCAUGGGACGGUCGUUCCGCGCCGGCUGGGCGCCCAACUGGACUCUUGUCCACAACGGGGAGCAGCUGAGCAGCUUCAGUGAUCCGGCAGCCAACCGCGACGAGUCCAUGGAGUUUGGAUUCCUGCCUGCACCCGUUGCUCCUAAACCGCUCUCGGAGUCCCCCUUCAAAGUCCACGUGGAGAAGCUGAGUUUGGAAGGGAAGGCGGCGUACGGCGACCACGGCUCGUACCUGGUUCCGCUGGAGAUCAAGUUGAAGCACAGCACGGUCCACGUGGACGAGCCAUGCCCUUUCCUGGCGCCCAACCCUGGAGAAAUGGCCAUCCACGAAUACGCCUCGUGGGCUAGGCAGGCAUCUGGAGACCCAGAGGAGGGGGAAGCCGUGGUGAAGCACUGGUGCUUGGUGUGGACCUUGUGCGAGGCGCUUUGGGGCCGCCUGACAGAGCUGGAGGCCCACUUGAAAGAGCCCAGCGAGUACAUCGUGGCCCUGGAGCGCCGGAAGGCCUUCUCCCAGUGGCUCUCACAGACGGCUGCCGAGCGGAUCGAGGACGAGGUUUCCGUCAGCCAGCACGACAGUCCUGCGGAGGCCGUCUUCAGCUACCUGACCGGGAAGCGGAUCAGCGAAGCCUGUGGGCUGGCCCAGCGGUCUGGGGACCACAGGCUGGCCCUGCUCCUCUCCCAGCUGGUGGGCAGCCAGGAGGUCCGGGAGCUCAUGGCCAUGCAGUUGGCGGACUGGCACCAGCUGCAGGCAGACAGCUUCAUGCAGGAGGAGAGGCUGCGCAUCUUUGCCCUUCUCGCUGGCAAGCCGGUGUGGCAUUUGUCAGAGAAGAGGAGCAUCAACAUCUGUUCCCAGCUGGACUGGAAGCGCACUGUUGGCGUCCACCUCUGGUACCUGCUUCCCUCCACUGCCCCCCUUUCCCAGGCCCUCAGCAUGUACGAAGCUGCAUUCCAGGACUCUUCUGCCAGCGAGAGGUACGCUUGUUCUCCGUUGCCUCCGUACCUAGAAGGCACAGGCUGUGAGGCCGAGGAAGGCGACUCGCAGCGCUCCGUGCAGGAUGUCUGCUUUCACCUGUUAAAGCUGUACAGUGACAGGUGCUACGAUCUCCAUCAGCUGCUGGACCCGAGGAGCACCACCGCCGACCCCUUGGACUAUCGUCUCAGUUGGCACCUGUGGGAAGUGCUGCGUGCCUUGAAUUACACCCCACUCUGUCGGAGAAAGCAGGGAGUGCUGGAAUCGCCAGCUCGCCACGCCGCCCAGCUCCUUCGAAAGAGGGAGGGCUGUGGGGAGUGGGCGUCGCCUUCAGACUCUCCACACCCAUCACUCAACGCCAAGCGGUAAGUCUGGAGUCCUGCA